AUGAACGAAGAAAGAAAGAGAGGCCGAAAAGACGCCAGAGUGAGUUGGGUCAUGUUGAUAAUGUGGUGUUGUCGUGACGUUUGGAUGACGUCAUCACAUCUCAUGACAACAUCUAGUUUCAAUUGGUUUGAAUUAUGAAGUUUUCAAAAAAUAAUGUAUUGUCUUUCAUUUCAUUAUUCUAUUUUGCAACUGAAAUCAACUGCACUAGCUAGGGUCUAUUAAAUCGUCUGGUUACUGUACAAUGUCUUUGUUUCUCAUCUGUCUGGCUGGAAGUUCAGUUUAAUAUUGCAUGGCAUUCUCCCGUGUGGCAUUUUCAUAACAUUUUUACAACCAUGUUAUCACUCAAUGAUUUGACCACAUCAGUGUUUAAGUUACACAGUCUUGAAAUAGCUUUUACAGAAGUCCCCUUUGAUAGUGGCAUUCAAAUGUGACUCUUUGUAUUGUAAAUGGUUUAGGGUGGGGAACCAAAACAAUGCUUGUUAUGUAACCAAACUUCUUCUCCUACAAUGCAUUCAGAAAGUAUUCAGACCCCACAUUUUGUUACAGCCUUAUUCUAACAUGGAUUAAAUUGUUCCCCCCCCCCCCCCCCCCCCUUUAUCAAUCUACACACAAUACCCCAUAAUGACGAAGCAAAAACAGGUUUUUAGAAAUCUUUGCAAAUGUAUAAAAAAAAAAUAAUGAUACCACAUUUACAUAAGUAUUCAGACCCUUUACUCAGUACUUUGUUUAAGCACCUUUGGCAGCGAAUACAGUCUCGAGUCUUCUUGGGUAUGACACUACAAGCUUGGCACACCAGUAUUUGGGGAGUUUCUCCCAUUCUUCUCUGCAGAUCCUCUCAAGCUCUGUCAAGUUGGAUGGGGAGCGUCGCUGCGCAGCUAUUUUCAGGUCUCUCCAGAAUUGUUCGAUCAGGUUCAAGUCCAGGCUCUGGCUGGGCCACUCAAGGACAUUCAGAGACUUGUCCUGAAGCCACUCCUGCGUUGUCUUGGCUGUGUGCUUAGGGUCAUUGUCCUGUUGAAAGGUGAACCUUCGCCCCAGUCUGAGGUCCUGAGCUCUCUGGAGUAGGUUUUCAUCAAGGAUCUCUCUGUACUUCGCUCUGUUCAUCUUUCCCUCGAUCCUGACUAGUCUCCCAGUCCCUGCCGCUCAAAAACAUCCCCACAGCAUGAUGCUGCCACCAUGCUUCACUGUAGGGAUGGUACCAUGUUUCCUCCAGACGUGAUGCUUGGCAUUCAGGCCAAAGAGUUCAAUCUUGGUUUCAUCAGACCAGAGAAUCUUGUUUCUUAUGGUCUGAGAGUCUUUAGGUGCCUUUUGGCAAACUCCAAGCAGGCUGUCAUGUGCCUUUUUACUGAGGAGUGGCUUCCGUCUUGCCACUCUACCAUAAAGGCCUGAUUGGUGGAGUGCUGCAAAGAUGGUUGUCCUUCUGGAAGGUACUCCCAUCUCCACAGAGGAACUCUGGAGCUCUGUCAGUGACCUUCGGGUUCUUGGUCACCUCCCUGACCAAGGCCCUUCUCCCCCGAUUCCUCAGUUUGGCCGGGCGGCCAGCUCUAGGAAGAGUCUUGGUGGUACCAAACUUCUUCCAUUUAAGAAUGAUGGAGGCCACUGUGUUCUUGGAGACCUUCAAUGCUGCAGACAUUUUUUGGUACCCUUCCCCAGAUCUGUGCCUCGACACAAUCCUGUCUCGGAGGUCUACGGACAGUUCCUUCGACCUCAUGGUUUGGUUUUUGCUCUGACAUGCACUGUCAACUGUGGGACCUUAUAUAAACAGGUGUGUGCCUUUCCAAAUCAUGUCCAAUCAAUUGAAUUUACCAUAGGUGGACUCCAAUCAAGUUGUAGAAACAUCUCAAGGAUGACCAAUGGAAACAGGAUGCACCUGAGCUCAAUUUCGAAUCUCAUAGCAAAGGGUCUGAAUACUUACACUACCGGUCAAAAGUUUUAGAACCCCUACUCAUUCAAGGGUUUUUCUUUAUUUUUACUAUUUUCUACAUUGUAGAAUAAUAGUGAAGACAUCAACUAUGAAAUAACACAUAUGGAAUCAUGUAGUAACCAAAAAAGUGUUAAACAAAUCAAUAUUUUAUAUUUGAGAUUCUUCAAAUAGCCACCCUUUGCCUUGAUGACAGCUUUGCACACUCUUGGCAUUCUCUUAACCAUCUUCACCUUGAAUGCUUUUCCAACAGUCUUGAAGGAGUUCCCACAUAUGCUGAGCACUUGUUGGCUGCUUUUCCUUCACUCUGCCGUCCAACUCAACCCAAACCAUCUAAAUUUGGUUGAGGUCGGGGGAUUGUGGAGGCCAGGUCUUCUGAUGCAGCACUCAUCACAAUCCUUGGUAAAAUAGCCCUUACACAGCCAGGAGGUGUGUUGGGUCAUUGUCCUGUUGAAAAACAAAUGAUAGUCCCACUAAGCCCAAACCAGAUGGGAUGGCAUAUCGCUGCAGAAUGCUGUGGUAGCCAUGCUGGUUAAGUAAUUGGCUGAAACACAUUAAGAAGGAAAGAAGUUCCACAAAUUAACUUUAAGAAGGCACACCUGUUAAUUGAAAUGCUUUCCAGGUGACUACCUCAUGAAGCUGGUUGAGAGAAUGCCAAGAGUGUGCAAAGCCAUCAUCAAGGCAAAGGGUGGCUAUUUGAAGAAUCUCAAAUAUAAAAUAUAUUUAGAUUUGUUUAACACUUCUUUUGGUUACUACAUGAUUCCAUAUGUGUUAUUUCAUAGUUUUGAUGUCUUCACUAUUAUUCUACAAAGUAGAAAAUAGUAAAAAAUAAAGAAUAACCCUUGAAUGAGUAGGUGUGUCCAAACUUUUGACUGGUAAUAUAUAUAUAUAUAUUACAGGUUAGUACUUCUCGUCCUAUAUGAGCUAGUUGGAGGUUAGUACCAUUCCUCCUAUAUGAGGUAAUAGGAGAUUAGUACUUCUCCUAUAUGAGGUUGGUACUUCUCCUCCUAUAAGAGGUAGUAGGAGGUUGGUACUUCUCCUCCUAUAAGAGGUAGUAGGAGGUUGGUACUUCUCCUCCUAUAAGAGGUAGUAGGAGGUUGGUACUUCUCCUCCUAUAAGAGGUAGUAGGAGGUUGGUACUUCUCCUCCUAUAAGAGGUAGUAGGAGGUUGGUACUUCUCCUCCUAUAAGAGGUAGUAGGAGGUUGGUACUUCUCCUCCUAUAAGAGGUAGUAGGAGGUUGGUACUUCUCCUCCUAUAAGAGGUAGUAGGAGGUUGGUACUCCUAUGUGAGGUUAGUCCUCCUCCUACAGUGAGGGGAAAAAAGUAUUUGAUCCCCUGCUGAUUUUGUACGUUUGCCCACUAACAAAGAAAUGAUCAGUGUAUAAUUUUAAUGGUAGGUUUAUUUGAACAGUGAGAGACAGAAUAACAACAACAAAAUCCAGAAAAACGCAUGUCAAAAUGUUAUAAAUUGAUUUGCGUUUUAAUGAGGGAAAUAAGUAUUUGACCGCUCUGCAAAACAUGACUUAGUACUUGGUGGCAAAACCCUUGUUGGUAAUCACAGAGGUCAGACGUUUCUUGUAGUUGGCCACCAGGUUUGCACACAUCUCAGGAGGGAUUUUGUCCCACUCCUCUUUGCAGAUCUUGGAGAGGCUGACGUUUGGCAACUCAAACCUUCAGCUCCCUCCACAGAUGUUCUAUGGGAUUAAGGUCUGGAGACUGGCUAGGCCACUCCAGGACCAUAAUGUGCUUCUUCUUGAGCCACUCCUUUGUUGCCUUGGCCGUGUGUUUUGGGUAAUUGUCAUGCUGGAAUACCCAUCCACGACCCAUUUUCAAUGCCCUGGCUGAGGGAAGGAGGUUAGUACCUCUCCUAUAUGAGGUUGAUACCUCUCCUAUAUGAGGUAGUAGGAGGUUAGUACCUCUCCUAUAUGAGGUAGUAGGAGGUUAGUACCUCUCCUAUAUGAGGUAGUAGGAGGUUAGUACCUCUCCUAUAUGAGGUAGUAGGAGGUUAGUACCUCUCCUAUAUGAGGUAGUAGGAGGUUAGUACCUCUCCUAUAUGAGGUUGAUACUGCUCCUAUAUGAGGUAGUAGGAGGUUAGUACCUCUCCUAUAUGAGGUAGUAGGAGGUAAGUACCUCUCCUAUAUGAGGUAGUAGGAGGUUAGUACCUCUCCUAUAUGAGGUAGUAGGAGGUUAGUACCUCUCCUAUAUGAGGUAGUAGGAGGUUAGUACCUCUCCUAUAUGAGGUAGUAGGAGGUUAGUACCUCUCCUAUAUGAGGUAGCAGGAGGUUAGUACCUCUCCUAUAUGAGGUAGUAGGAGGUUAGUACCUCUCCUAUAUGAGGUAGUAGGAGGUUAGUACCUCUCCUAUAUGAGGUAGCAGGAGGUUAGUACCUCUCCUAUAUGAGGUAGUAGGAGGUUAGUACCUCUCCUAUAUGAGGUAGCAGGAGGUUAGUACCUCUCCUAUAUGAGGUAGUAGGAGGUUAGUACCUCUCCUAUAUGAGGUAGUAGGAGGUUAGUACCUCUCCUAUAUGAGGUAGUAGGAGGUUAGUACCUCUCCUAUAUGAGGUAGUAGGAGGUUAGUACCUCUCCUAUAUGAGGUAGUAGGAGGUUAGUACCUCUCCUAUAUGAGGUAGUAGGAGGUUAGUACCUCUCCUAUAUGAGGUAGUAGGAGGUUAGUACCUCUCCUAUAUGAGGUAGUAGGAGGUUAGUACCUCUCCUAUAUGAGGUAGCAGGAGGUUAGUACCUCUCCUAUAUGAGGUAGUAGGAGGUUAGUACCUCUCCUAUAUGAGGUAGUAGGAGGUUAGUACCUCUCCUAUAUGAGGUAGUAGGAGGUUAGUACCUCUCCUAUAUGAGGUAGUAGGAGGUUAGUACCUCUCCUAUAUGAGGUAGUAGGAGGUUAGUACCUCUCCUAUAUGAGGUAGUAGGAGGUUAGUACCUCUCCUAUAUGAGGUAGUAGGAGGUUAGUACCUCUCCUAUAUGAGGUAGUAGGAGGUUAGUACCUCUCCUAUAUGAGGUAGUAGGAGGUUAGUACCUCUCCUAUAUGAGGUAGUAGGAGGUUAGUACCUCUCCUAUAUGAGGUAGUAGGAGGUUUGUAAUGGCAGGCUAAAGAUCUUCUCAAUGUCCUAUUAGUUUCCCCCUUAGCCUUGUGGGCUAGAUCUAUUGACUUAGCCUGUUUCCCAGAUCUGUCUGUCAACUCCUUGUCACUCAUUGCCAUGCCAAGGAGCUGACGUGAUAGCACAAACAAAUCUGGAACCAGGCUACUAAAGUCCAGGUUCUCCCAUGACAUAUGGUAAACAUGACAUGGGCCUAUUUCCCCCCAUACUGUAACAAAAGCUACUGGGCACAGUCAAAACACAUUCCCUGACUGUAACCUCCCAAGCAGCUCUGCCUCUCUUUUUUUCUAUUGGUUCUUUCCUAUUGACCUUUCAGUUCUGUUGUUCCUCCAGUUCCCAGUACCAUGCCUGGUAAGUGACGCGGUGGCGAUGGAAGGAAAAGGGCCCUAUCGUAUCUACGACCCAGGCGGGGUUGAGGCUAAGGCCAGAGAGGCCAGGGAGGAGGGCAGCAGCAGUGGAAUGGGCAGCUACAGACAACUACUGGAAGAGAAUAACGUCCUCAGAGAGAGGAUGAAGGGACUCAAGAGCUUGGGUAAGUACCUGCUUUUCUGAUAUAGCCUACCUCUCUGGUCUAGAUCACCAGCUCUUUAUUGUGAUCCUAAUCGGAUAUAGCCUACCUCUCUGGUCUAGAUCACCAGCUCUUUAUUAUGAUCCUAAUCUGAUAUAGCCUACCUCUCUGGUCUAGAUCACCAGCUCUUUAUUAUGAUCCUAAUCUGAUAUAGCCUACCUCUCUGGUCUAGAUCACCAGCUCUUUAUUAUGAUCCUAAUCUGAUAUAGCCUACCUCUCUGGUCUAUAUCACCAGCUCUUUAUUAUGAUUCUAAUCUGAUAUAGCCUACCUCUCUGGUCUAGAUCACCAGCUCUUUAUUAUGAUCCUAAUCUGAUAUAGCCUACCUCUCUGGUCUUGAUCACCAGCUCUUUAUUAUGAUCCUAAUCUGAUAUAGCCUACCUCUCUGGUCUAGAUCACCAGCUCUUUAUUACGAUCCUAAUCGGAUAUAGCCUACCUCUCUGGUCUAGAUCACCAGCUCUUUAUUGUGAUCCUAAUCGGAUAUAGCCUACCUCUCUGGUCUAGACCACCAGCUCUUUAUUAUGAUCCUAAUCUGAUAUAGCCUACCUCUCUGGUCUAGAUCACCAGCUCUUUAUUAUGAUCCUAAUCGGAUAUAGCCUACCUCUCUUGGCUAGAUCACCAGCUCUUUAUUAUGAUCCUAAUCGGAUAUAGCCUACCUCUCUGGUCUAGAUCACCAGCUCUUUAUUAUGAUCCUAAUCGGAUAUAGCCUACCUCUCUGGUCUAGAUCACCAGCUCUUUAUUAUGAUCCUAAUCGGAUAUAGCCUACCUCUCUGGUCUAGAUCACCAGCUCUUUAUUAUGAUCCUAAUCGGAUAUAGCCUACCUCUCUGGUCUAGAUCACCAGCUCUUUAUUAUGAUCCUAAUCUGAUAUAGCCUACCUCUCUGGUCUAGAUUACCAGCUCUUUAUUAUGAUCCUAAUCGGAUAUAGCCUACCUCUCUGGUCUAGAUCACCAGCUCUUUAUUAUGAUCCUAAUCUGAUAUAGCCUACCUCUCUGGUCUAGAUCACCAGCUCUUUAUUAUGAUCCUAAUCGGAUAUAGCCUACCUCUCUGGUCUAGAUCACCAGCUCUUUAUUAUGAUCCUAAUCGGAUAUAGCCUACCUCUCUGGUCUAGAUCACCAGCUCUUUAUUGUGAUCCUAAUUGGAUAUAGCCUACCUACAUUUUAGUCAUUUACCUCUCUGGUCUAGAUCACCAGCUCUUUAUUGUGAUCCUAAUCUGAUAUAGCCUACCUCUCUGGUCUAGAUCACUAGCUCUUUAUUAUGAUCCUAAUCGGAUAUAGCCUACCUCUCUGGGCUACAUCACCAGCUCUUUAUUGUGAUCCUAAUCUGAUAUAGCCUACCUCUCUGGUCUAGAUCACCAGCUCUUUAUUACGAUCCUAAUCGGAUAUAGCCUACCUCUCUGGUCUAGAUCACCAGCUCUUUAUUGUGAUCCUAAUCUGAUAUAGCCUACCUCUCUGGUCUAGAUCACCAGCUCUUUAUUGUGAUCCUAAUCGGAUAUAGCCUACCAAUGCCACUGGGUUAGACCGUAGACCUGGGUUAACUACAUCUGAUCUGACCACUGUACAGAACAUCAGUAGACCUGGGUUAACUACAUCUGAUCUGACCACUGUACAGAACAGCAGUACAUUUACAUUUUAGUCAUUUAGCAGACGCUCUUAUCCAGAGCGACUUACAGUUAGUGAGUGCAUACAUUAUUUUUAUUUUUUUCAUACUGGCCCCCCGUGGGAAUCGAACCCACAACCCUGGCGUUGCAAACGCCAUGCUCUACCAACCGAGCUACAUCCCUGCCGGCCAUUCCCUCCCCUACCCUGGACGACGCUGGGCCAAUUGUGCGCCGCCCCAUGGGUCUCCCGGUCGCGGCCGGCUAUGACAGAUGGUUAACUACAUCUGAUCUGACAGAUCUCAACACCAUACCCUACACAACCAGGACCUCAACCCUCGUCACACUCUCAUCUGUCUAGAUUAGUGUUGUGACCUAUAACAUUAUAGCUACAUAUUCCGUUCGCAUAGCCUUGUAGGAAGAAUGUGGUUAGGCCUGAUUCCAUUCUUUGGUUAUAUGCUGUAAUGUUUGCAGGGAGUUUUCUCUAUAGUGAGCGUUGGGUUGGCGUGGUCCAUUCUUUGGUAGUGUGCUGUUUCUCUGUAAUGAGUAAUGUUCUCAGGGCCGGCAUGAUUUAGUUGUUAGUCAUCAGAAGCACUAGUUACUGUCUGUCCUUGAUGUAUUAUAGGCCAUGAAUAACAUAUUCAGCUAUAUGCCACAACCCAAAAUGAACACGUGACUGACUAGGCCUACUUCAAAUCAAAGAUGUUUCUAACCUUCUGUCUGUCCUGGUGUGUAGGAGACCUGUUGGAGGAGUCUCAGUCGGAGGCGUCUACGUUGCGUCAGCGUGUCGAGGAGCUGGUCAGAGACAACGAGGCCCUGAAGUCUUCUACCUCCAGCUUCUGUACAGGAGGACCUGUUCAGACUGAGACACCGGGUAUGGUAUCAGAGAUGGCUUUUCUACAUUAUUAUUAUUCAUGAUUUACAGCAGGAUGUUAUCGUCAAUGGCCCAGUGCAUUCAAACGUGUGAUUGUCCUGUGUUUUUAUAUGUUCAUUUCCACACUGAGGUUGGAGUAAAUCUGUAAAUUUUUUGAAAAUGAUAAUGACAUUUUAGUGUAAGAGCUGUUUGAAAAGACCACCUGAAAUGUUCAGCCUGUUUUGGUGGGAUGGAGUUCUGGGUAAAUUAGUCAAUAGACCAAUAAGAAAUAGAUCCUAAUCUCUCUGUCAAUAACAGCUAAUCUCCAUACCACUCCCAGACAGUCAUAUCAAAAUUAUUGCUUGAGAAAUUGCACUUUGCUAAGAAGCUAUUUUUAAUUUCUUUUUGACCAUUUUCAUUGAAAACAAUCACAGUAAGGUACUUAGCAGUGCUGUGACUAUAUAAUGACACUAUAACUGUAUGAUGACUCCUGACUGUUUCAGGUCAGGGGAAGCUUCACCGCCAGCCCAGUAUGGACCAGAGAGAGAGUCGGCCGUGUCUCUCAACGGGGAAGGCCCUACAUCAUGAGCAGCCCAGUGUAAGUAAACAGAUAUGACUUUAUAGCUACAGAGUACUUUAUAUUUUAUAGAUAUCAGGAUGACCAGCCCAGUGUAAGUAAACAGAUAUGACUUUAUAGCUACAGAGUACUUUAUAUUUUAUAGAUAUCAGGAUGAGCAGCCCAGUGUAAGUAAACAGAUAUGACUUCAUAGCUACAGAGUACUUUAUAUUUUAUAGAUAUCAGGAUGAGCAGCCCAGUGUAAGUAAACAGAUAUUACUUCAUAGCUACAGAGUACUUUAUAUUUUAUAGAUAUCAGGAUGAGCAGCCCAGUGUAAGUAAACAGAUAUUACUUCAUAGCUACAGAGUACUAUAUAUUUUAUAGAUAUCAGGAUGAGCAGCCCAGUGUAAGUAAACAGAUAUUACUUCAUAGCUACAGAGUACUUUAUAUUUUAUAGAUAUCAGGAUGAGCAGCCCAGUGUAAGUAAACAGAUGUUACUUUAUAGCUAUAGAGUACUUUAUAUUUUAUAGAUAUCAGGAUGAGCAGCCCAGUGUAAGUAGACAGAUAUUACUUUAUAGCUACAGAGUACUUUAUAUUUUAUAGAUAUUGUUGAUCAGGCUGAGCAGCCCAGAACAUAAAGUACAACCUCAUCAGCCUACAACCUCAUCAGCCUGAAACAUAACAUUUACAUGUCAGGUGGUGUUGUGCUUUUAUGUCUUUCUCAACUGGUUUAUGGCUUCCAGCAAAGGCUAACUGAUAGUAGUUUUCAUUUUAAACGGUUCACUUACGUUCAGUACCUUGUAGCUACAAGUGUCAAACCCCGGGACCAUAUUGGUUAGCUAAAUAGUCAUAUUGGUUUACUUAAAGGGAUAGUUCCGGAUUUUGGCAAUGAAGCCCUUUUUCUACUUCCCCAGAGUUGGGGGAACUCGUGGAUACAUUUUUUUUGGGGCUCUGCGUGUAGUUUGAAGGAAGUUGCUAACUAGCGUUAGUGCAACAUGCUAGCUGUUCUCAUAGACUUCAAGUCAUUGCGCUAACGCUAGUUAGCCUUGGCUCAGGAAACUACCUCUAACUUCCUCCUUACUGGACGCAGAGGCAUAAAAAAGGUUUCCACAAGUUCAUCUGACUCUGGGGAAGUAGAUAAAGAGCUUCAUUGACAAAAUCCCAAAGUAUCCCUUUAACACUGUUCAGUCUGGAUCUAUUCCAGUUUGUCAUUGUCCUGUUUGGUGCUUGUAGGAAGGUCUGUCAGAGUUUGAGGUGGUGAACAUGGAGGAGAAGACCUCCGAUACCCAGACGGUAAGUACCAAUUUUCACACGGGGCUAGCUAACAAUAACGGGGCUCAAAUGGGAUGUUUUGAAAACGAUCCAGGUUCUUUAUGUAAAUUGGUUGUUUAAUCCAUAAAGGUGUUCAGGACCACUCAAUGCAUCUGUUUGUGUCUAGAUAGAUCACGUUCAACUUCCAAUCAAAACAGUUAACCUGUUCAACUCGUGAGCAAGUUGCGUAAUUGUUGAGGUGACAUAUAUAUUUUAGUUAAAAUCUCUUAUUCACCAACCAGGGGACAAUUGGGGUGAGUCCCCAGAAAAAGUAAAUGUAUCUUUUUUGGGGGGAACUUCUGUAUCUCUGUAUUAGUCCCAUUUGUUUCUGACACCUUCAUCAGUAUUCCAGUUGUUACCUUUCUUACAGCACUAAGCAUGUGUUUGUAGGACGUAUCGUUCUGAAACUGAAGUGUACUGCGUCGUUUAGAAAAUGCCACCAGAGUUAAAGAGGUUAAAACCAUUGAACGUGUAAUUUUAUACCUGGUGAAGAAUCUAAGAGCUUGAAAGCAGCUCCUCAAGUUUCAUUUCCUUAGCUCUCUAGCUCUCUGGUCAUUUCUUCCAUAUCAGAAACUUAUCCUGUGUCUCUUCUCUAGUGAGUCAACAGCCAACUAACUCAAUACUGGUAGCUCAACAUGAGUCGGCACAGGGAAUGUCCACGAUGUAUUACUGACCACACACACUCACUCUCACACUCUCUCACACACACACACACACACACUCACACACACACACACACACACACACACACACACACACACACACACACACACACACACACACACACUCACUCUCACACUCUCUCACACACACACACACACACACACACACACACAAAUGUGCUGUUAGGGAAUGCCUGACAUGGAAGAAUGGCAGUCACAGAAUAUUCCGGCUAGAUAUGGUAUAGAAUCAAAUGACCGUCACCUGAUAUACGCAUCAUCAGCCAAAGUAUAGGAAAACGGUGACCCAUUUUGGCACGUCUAUAGACCUGAGCUCCUUAUGAACGUUUCAGCACCUCUGACUCAAUCUCAAUGGAGUUUUGCUUCAUUGUACAAUAUUGCACAACAUGUAUAGUACUGCAUUGCAUAUAGGAUAUGGAGCAUUACCUACAUGACCAAUCAACACGGAGGAGGGACCGAGUCUCCCUUGUGUGCCAGUCUAUCUAUCUACAUGCUGUAGGAUUCAGAUGGGAUUUGUCCUUUUUAUUUUUAUACAUCCAGUAUCUUCAAAACUGGAGAGCUAGAAAUGUAUGUGGUGUUGACAUUACUUGAUUAGUGUCCUGUCCAAUCAGUAUGGUGGUACAGAGGGUCUGACUGGUUUCUCUCAGGUCCUCAGUUUUUACUAUUAUUUAACUCUCUUUUUUUAUCGAUCUUAAUGUCAUAUUUGUCUAGAAAAUGUAUUGUUUUGAAGUGCUAUAUAAAUAAAGUUUGAUUUGAUCUCCAGACUGGUACAGGAGCAGGGCAGCUACCUCCGGAGAACCAGGAGUUAGCCAGCCAGCUGCAGCGUCUAGAAAGCUCCUUCAGUAUCUUUGCUGAGGAGUCCAACCCCAACCAACUCCUAGCCCACCUGGGACGCAUGGCCGUCGAGUUCCACCACCUCUCCUCCAAGGUCCAGAAGAACGAGCAGAGGACGUCCCUCCUACAGGUAACUGACAGGGAGAGGGGCAGGUUGGGAGACAGACAGGCUGAGAAGUAAACGGGUUGUCCACACAGGUAUUUCAAAGACUGGAAAUUCAGCAUGUCACCUGAAUAGCGAAUAACUAUUGUGUGUUUGUCAUUCCUGAUGCUGAACCAAAUUAUGUUGCAAAACCAAGGCAGCGUCUACUCUUCCUGGGGUCCAAUUAGGAAACAAAACACAACAAAUAAUAUACAUUACACAAUACAUAUAAUUCAAAAUACAAUACAAAAUAUAUCAAAAUGUCUCUGUUCACAGUCCCCGUCGUGCCGUAAGGUGCUCUUUUAUCUGUUUUUUGAAACUGGUUUUAUUGCUAGCUUGGGUUACCUGGGGUGGCAGAGAGUUCCAUGUAGUCAUGGCUCUAUUUAAUACUGUGUGUUCCCCAGCCUCUGUUCUGGAGCUGGGGACUGUGAAGAGACCUCUGGCUGCAUGUCUCGUGUUGAACCAAUGAGUGUCCGAACUGUGUGCCAACUGCUUAAAACAGACAAUUCGGUACCUUCAACACAUCAAUACCUCACAGAAAGACCAAUAGUGAUGCAGUCAAUCUCUCCUCAACUUUGAGCCAGGAGAGAUUGACAUGCAUGUCAUUGACAUUCGCCCUCUGUGUACAUCUAAGUGCAAUACGUGCUGAUCUGUUCUGGACCAACUGCAAUUUUCCUACGUCCUUCUUUGCCACACAUGACCACACAACUGGGCAGUCGUCCAGGUGCGACAAAACCCGGGCCACAGGAACUGCUUGGUUGAUUUUAGAUGUCAAGAAAGCAGAGCAAUGCCUUAUCAAGGACAGACCUCUUCCCAUUUUGUUUUUUGCAACCAUUGAGUCUGUUUUCAGCAGGACAGCUUGCUAUUCCCUUUGCCUCAUCCCUCUCAGCCAUACAGUUGAUUCUUUUUUGUACUUUUUAAAAAACAUUUUUAGUCAUUUAGCAGACGCUCUUAUCCAGAGCAACUUACAGUUAGUGAGUGCAUACAUUUUUCAUACUGGCCCCCCGUGGGAAAAGAACCCACAACCCUGGCGUUGCAAGGGCCAUGCUCUACCAACUGAGCUACAGGGGACUACCUGGAUUUUUCAAUUCUUCUAUUCAUGGGGAUUUGGCAGUUCUAACACUCAGUUUUGUGAUGGGCGCAUGCCUAUCAGUAACCGGAAAAGCAAUUUCAUAAAUGCUUCAAGUGCGGCAUCCGGUUGUUCCUCAUUACACACAUCAGAUCAACAAAUAUUUUUCACAUAUUUGACAUAGGAAUCAUUGCAAAACCUCUUGUAUAAUCGAUAAUACACAAUUUUACUUCCAAAUCUUUGGAACUUUGUUUUUUCUAGAUAUGGCUAUUAUAUAAUGAUCACUACAUCCAAUGGGUGUGGAUACUGCUUUAGAGCAGAUUUCUGCCGCAUUAGUAAAGAUGUGGUCAAUACACGUGGGUGAUUUUAGUUCCUGUUCUGUUCUGUAAAUACCCUGGUAGGUUGACUGAUAACCUGAACCAGAUUGCAGGUAUCAGUUACAGCUUGAAGCUUCUUUUUGAGUGGACAGCUUGAUGACAACCAGUCAAUAUUUAGGUCACCCAGAAAAUAUACCUCUCUGUUGAGAUCACAUACAUUAUCGAGCAUUUUACACACACAGUCCAAAUAUGGACUUUUAGCACUCCGUGGUUCUAGCAACUUCCUACGAGAAUAGGCUUUAGGGAGCCAUAUUACUGCCAUGUCAACAACGGUGUUCAAGAUGAUGUUGUAGUCCUUCAGAUUGCCAAAAGCGAAUGUCGUUAAAGCCAACGUGAGUGACGAUGGUGCCAGUAUUAGAGUAGUUGGCUAGAAAUGUGGGCAGGAGGGAGUUGACGUAUUGGACGCGGGCACCUGGGUGACAGUGGACCAUGGUCGGCCCACAGGCCGUAGGCAGGCCAAUGUCUCUCGCCAUCGAGCUGCCCACGAUGACGGUGGUUGUGAUGGAGUCUGAUGGUGAGGGAACAGGGAACAGGUCGGUCAGGGGGGAGGUGUGCGUCUUGGUACAGGAGGAGAGUGCUGUCUUACUAAUGCUUGUCCCUCUGUUUGUCUAGACUCUUUGUAUUUGUAUUUAUUAUGGAUCCCCAUUAGUUCCUGCCAAGGCAGCAGCUACUCUUCCUGGGGUUUAUUAUGGAUCCCCCUUAGUUCCUGCCAAGGCAGCAGCUACUCUUCCUGGGGUUUAUUAUGGAUCCCCAUUAGUUCCUGCCAAGGCAGCAGCUACUCUUCCUGGGGUUUAUUAUGGAUCCCCAUUAGUUCCUGCCAAGGCAGCAGCUACUCUUCCUGGGGUUUAUUAUGGAUCCCCAUUAGUUCCUGCCAAGGCAGCAGCUACUCUUCCUGGGGUUUAUUAUGGAUCCCCAUUAGUUCCUGCCAAGGCAGCAGCUACUCUUCCUGGGGUUUAUUAUGGAUCCCCAUUUAGUUCCUGCCAAGGCAGCAGCUACUCUUCCUGGGGUUUAUUAUGGAGCCCCAUUUAGUUCCUGCCAAGGCAGCAGCUACUCUUCCUGGGGUUUAUUAUGGAUCCCCAUUUAGUUCCUGCCAAGGCAGCAGCUACUCUUCCUGGGGUCCAAACACAUGAAAGUACUUACAUUACAUAUAAACCAAAAGAUAAAACAGUGGUGUUCCAUGAGGUGUAUUUUUACCUUUUAAAAAAAAAAAUCUGAUUCUACUGCUUGCAUCAGUUACCUGAUGUUGAAUAGAGUUCCAUGUAGCCAUGGUUCUAUGUAGUACUGUGCGCCUCCCAUAGUCUGUUCUGGACUUGGGGACUGUGAAGAGACCUCUGGUGUCAUGUCUUGUGGGGUAUUCAUGGGUGUCCAAGCUGUGUGCUAGUAUUUUAAACAGACAGCUCGGUACAUUUAGCUUGUCAACACUUCUUACAAAAACAAGUAGUGAUGAAGUCAAUCUCUCUUCCACUUUGAGCCAUGAGAGAUUGACAUGCAUGUCAUUAAUGUUAGCACUCCGUGUACUUUUAAGGGCCAGCCGUGCUGCCCUGUUCUGAGCCAACUGCAAUUUUCCCAAGUCCCUCUUUGUGGCACCUGACCACACGACUGAACAGUAGUCCAGGUGCGACGAAACUAGAGCCUGUAGGACCUGCCUUGUUGAUAGUGUUGUUAGGAAGGCAGAGUUGCGCUUUAUUAUGGACAGACUUCUCCCCAUCUUAGCUACUGGUGUAUCAAUGUUUUGACCGUGUCAGUUUACAAUCCAGGGUUACUCCAAGCAGUUUAGUCACCUCAACUUGCUCAAUUUCCACAUUAUUUAUUAUGAGAUGUAGUUGAGGUUUAGUGAGCAGCUCAGAGAGGAGAGUGCUGUGUUACUAAUGCUUGUCCCUCUGUUUGUCUAGACUCUUUGUGAGCAGCUCAGACAGGAGAACAAUGAGCUGAGAAAGAAGAUGGAGGAGGACCUUCAGUACAGAAACGGUGACUUGGAACAGCUGAGGUGAGUUUUGAAUUUUCUCUGGAUUCAGUUGGACUUUCAGCUCCCCAGGGGAGAGAAGGAGUUUGAGUUUAUUAUUGUGAAUUGAAACUGAAUGUUGGCUUUAUACUGUUUUCUGCUCCAAAGUCAAGUUUAGGACUUUGUUGGCGUUUAUUGAGCUUAAAUAAAGGCAAUAAACACUUGGUAGUCAGUAAGCGAUGAGUAGACUUCUUUUUCACUAUGAUUCUCUGUCCAGCAACUACAAAGCUUCAAGUGAAGUGACAGUUGGUCAAAGUUUUGUUUUUGAUGAUUCUGGAAUUGCCCUAAUAUUCUCCCUACCUCAGUGGGACUGUAGGGUCUUCCCAGAGGAUAUCCUAUGGCUCUGCCAAGUUGCACAUUACUCUACUAAACACUGGGAUAGAUAUUAUAGAUAUCUCCAUAACUGCAUAGUAACACUAACCCUGCUUUCACUCUCUGGUCACUGCAGACAGGAGAACACGAAGCUGAAAGAGCUGGUAACGGGAGGAGGAGAUACUGCAACGGAGAGCGAGGGUCAGCCAGAAGCCAAAGAAGAUGUGGUGAAAGAGGAAACUGCCAGCGUUAGAUCCAAGAUGGAGGUCAGCACACCACAGAAGGUAUGCAAAUCCUGCCCCAGAAUGGAUGGGAUGGCACCUGUCUGAUUCAGAGGACAUUUUUAAAAGCUGGGAGAGGGAAAGGGCAAAUGAUCAGCAUAGACGUCUAGUUUGAGUAUUGUCAGUUUGAGUCAGGUCAUUGCCAGGCAUCACAGUAGUGGGAUAGUUAGCAUGACUAAUGUCUCAUCCUAACGUACAGUACAUGUGACUGCCUGUAGCUCUACUGUAAUGUUGGUGUGUGGGAUCUUUCUCAUAGUGUCACAUUGGUCAGUGUAUAAUGUCUGUGAGAGACUUCCCAGGUCUCUCUUGCAAAUGCUUUAAAUAAAAAAUAUGACACAGCUUGUAUAAAUGGUGAUCUGUACCAGUGCGGGGGAAUUUAAGCGUGAUGUUUCAUAUCCCUGUCCUGUUGCAGAGUGGGCUCUAUGAAUGAAUUAAGUUAAUUUUUAAAUAAUGCAUUGCAAAAUGCAUCAUAUGAUGCAAAACGCGUCAUUGUGAUGUGACAAUUUUGCUUCUUGAAAACGUGAUUGCUGACAUGAGAAAACAUUUUGCCACUGUGUCAACAGUGGACUAAUGAAAACAAAUACAAAAAAAAACGGUUUGGAGUGGAAUAUUCCUUUUUUAAGAAUCAUCAUGUUUUAUAUCCCUGUCCAACAGCAGAGUGGGAAAGCCCCAGAGAAGGAGAAAGCCCCGGCCAAGCCCUGUGACCCAGAGGCCUAUGAGAAGAAAAUCAAGCUUCUAGAGAAGCAGAGGAAAGACGUGAGUCCCUCUCCUCUCAACGUUACAUCAGGUGUCCUCUUUUACAUAUGGAAAGGUCUUUGUGAAAAAUGUGGAUGUUGCGGCUCAAAUGACACCCUAUUCUCUUUUUUAUAGUGCACUACUUUUGACCAGGGUCCAUGGUAGUGCACUAUAAAAGAGAAUAGGGUGACAUUUGGGACGCACAUUUUUGAUAAGGUGUCCUGUUUCCUUGUGGGGAAGUCUGUGCAAAAUGUGUAUAUGACGUAUUGGUUUCAGUUAUAUUUCUGUUGUGAUGAUGAUGAUGAUGAUGAUGAUGAUGAUGAUGAUGAUGAUGACAGGUACUGGACGUGAACAAGCAGUGGGAUGUCCAGUGGAACUCUAUGAAGUCACAGUUUGAACAGAAGGUAUGUUAUCACACACUCUCACACACAGUCUUGUUUACUGUGUGUUCAUCUAAUAACCUGUGUGUGGUGAUGGAAAAGGUGCAGUCGUGUGUGUGUGUGUGUGUACUUGGAUGGCACCCAGGCUGUGUACGAGUCAACCACAUGUUCUAGUCAUACAUCAGUCAGAAAUCCCCUUACCUCUCGGGUACCCACUGUUCCUGCUGUGGUCCACACACUGAGACACACACACACACACACUGAGACACACACUGAGACACACACACACUGAGACACAUACACACACACACUGAGACACACACACACUGAGACACAUACACACACACACUGAGACACACACACAGACACACACACACACACACACUGAGACACACACACACACUGAGACACACACACACACACUGAGACACACACACUGAGACACACGCCCACACAAACUCCAAUGGCUCAGAGGUUUGACCCCAUGUAUCCUUGAGUCUAACCCCAAACUGCUCAACAUAUCGUUUUGUGUUAUUCUGCUGGGUCUGAAAUGAUGAUUCUGAUCAUCUGUUUGUCUCAUUGAAAAGACAUACUCCCUGUUUUUAAAACAGUUUGAACCCCCUCCCCCCUCCCCUCCAAUCAGAUCACAGACCUGCGUCAGCGGCUGGCGGACUCCCAGAAGGCCGUGCAGGAGUUAGAGACGGAGCGAGAACAGAGACAGCGGGACUACGAUAAGAAGCUGCUGCUUGCCAAGUCCAAGAUCGAGAACGUCCAGGUGAGAAUGUACAGAAACCUAGUACAGACCCAACAAUGUCCUCAAGACGUAUACAAACCCAACAACACACACAUACACGGAACAUCUUUGCUGUGUGAGUGUGCAGUCUUCACUGCAAUGAACACGUUAGUGACAACAGCUCCAACCCAGCCCACUCAGAAUAGCCAUGCUUCCUUGAGUAUCUCUCACCUGUCUGUUUGUCACAAUGACUGUAUAUGAAUGGACUCAAUAGCGCAUUUGAACCCAAGGAAGUCAUAUAUGUAUGUAGACAUAACAUGCACGGAUUAAGCUACUCCAGGAAGUGACGUCGCAGGCUAACUCAGUGCUGCCCCCUCUCAUUGAGUAUCUCAAGUUGAAGGCCAACCGGGGUACUGCAGGCUGCCAGUAGCAACUGAAUUAUCCUGAUAACUUCUGUGUGCGUUUUUAUUAAUUUUUUAUCAGUUCAAGGAAAUACAGUACCAGUCAAAAUGUUGGACACACCUACUCAUUCAAGGGUUUUUUAUUUAUUUUUUACAUUUUCUACAUUUGUAGAAUAAUAGUGAAGACAUCAAAACAAUUAAAUAACAUUUAUGGAAUCAUGUAGUAACCCAAAUAUAUUUGAGGUUCUUCAAAGUAGUCACCCUUUGCCUUGAUGACAGCUUUGCACACUCUUGGCAUUCUCUCAACCAGCUUCAUGAGGAAUGCUUUUCCAACAAUCUUGAAGGAGUUCCCUCAUAUGCUGAGCACUUGUUGGCUGCUUUUCCUUCACUCUGCGAUCCGACUCAUCCCAAACCAUCUCAAUUGGGUUGAGGUCGGGGGAUUGUGGAGGCCAGGUCAUCUGAUGCAGCACUCCAUCACUCUCCUUCUUGGUCAAAUAGCCCUUAACCAGCCUGGAGGUGUGUUGGGUCAUUGUCCUGUUGAAAAUCAAAUGAUAGUCCCACUAAGCCCAAACCAGAUGGGAUGGCGUAUCGCUGCAGAAUGCUGUGGUAGCCAUGCUGGUUAAGUAUGCCUUGAAUUCUAAAUAAAUCACAGUGUCACCAGCAAAGCACCCCCACACCAUCACACCUCAUCCAUGCUUCACGGUGAGAACCACACAUAUGGAGAUCAUAUGGACUUGGUCUUUUACCAAAUAGGUAAAAGACCCCCUACCUUGUCACAACACAACUGAUUGGCUCAGAUUGGCAUUAAAUCUUAAAUUAACUUUUAAGAAGGCACACCUGUUAAUUGAAAUGCAUUUUGGUUGAAAGAAUAGCCGCUGUACUGUCCCCUGGUCUGGCCUUACAGAGCAUCACAUUUCUGCUUACAGGAAGUUACUUAAUUGGGGGUCAUAAGGUUGAAUAUUCCCAAAUUGUACAUAUUUGUGACCGGGGGACCGUCAUGACCCAGCAAUGAAAUUUGAAGUAAAUUGACCCAAAGGCAUUUUUACCUCCAUUGGUCUAGAUUCUGAAGAGGAUAUUGGUCUAUUUACUUGAAACUGUCUGCCUGCCUGCCUGCCGGUCGGCCGGCCUGUCUGUCUGUGGGAGAGAGAAGGGGGAGAGAGAUCAAAAUCACAUUUUGUCACAUGCGCCGAAUAACCCAACAUGUGUAGACUUUACCGUGAAAUAUUUAGUUAUGAGCCCUUAACCAACAACGCAGAGUUAAAAAGUAAGAACAAUUAGCAAAAUAAUAAAAAGGAAAUAGUAACACAAAAUAACAAUAAUGAGGCUAUAUACUAGGAGUACCAGUACUGAGUCAAUGUGCAGGGUUACCAGGUAGUAAUGAGGCUAUAUGCAAGGAGUACCAGUACUGAGUCAAUGUGCAGGGUUACCAGGUAGUAAUGAGGUUAUAUACAAGGAGUACCAGUACUGAGUCAAUGUGCAGGGUUACCAGGUAGUAAUGAGGCUAUAUACAAGGAGUACCAGUACUGAGUCAAUGUGCAGGGUUACCAGGUAGUAAUGAGGCUAUAUACAAGGAGUACCAGUACUGAGUCAAUGUGGAGGGAUACCAGGUAGUUGAGGUAAUAUGUACAUGUAGGUAUGGGUAAAAGUGACUAGGCAAUCAGGAUAGAUAAUAAACAGAGCAGGAGCAGCGUAUGUGAAGAGUGUGAAACAGUGUCUGUGUGUGUUAGGGCUGACCACAAUUAGUUGACUGGUCGAUUGUUUGGUCGACCGAGAUUUCUUUAGUGAGUGCUCUUAUUAUUUUUUUGACACGACACAUGGGGUGUAAUCAUUAAGCCGAUUCUGUUGCCAAACUUUUCUUAAACUGAAGCAAACUGAACAAAACGGGGACCUACCUGAACUUGUCUAAUAGACACUGGUUUUUGCUCUGUUUGCUUCCGUUUGGUUCAUGAACGGUAAACGGUUUCCGUGAUGAAUACACCCCUGUCUGAUUCGCUCCCGUCUCAGUGGACUAAUCCAUUGCGGAGGCCGCGGGGAUGGCACAGUCCAUCACUCUAAGACAUACAGUGCAUUCGGAAAGUAUUCAGACCCCUUGACCUUUUCCACAUUUUGUUACGUUACAGCCUUGUUCUAAAAUGGAUUAAAUUGUUUUUUCCCCUCAUCAAUCUACACACAAUACCCCAUAAUGACAAAGCAAGAACAGGUUUUUUGAAAUGUUUGCAAAUGUAUUAAAAAUACAAACGGAAAUAUCACAUUUACAUAAGUAUAUUUACCCUUUACUCAGUACUUUGUUGAAGCACCUUUGGCAGCGAUUACAGCCUUGAGUCUUCUUGGGUAUGACGCUACAAGCUUGGCACACCUGUAUUUGGGGAGUUUCUCCCAUUUCUUCUCUGCAGAUCCUCUCAAGCUCUGUCAGGUUGGAUGGGGAGCGUCGCUGCACAGCUAUUUUCAGGUCUCUACAGGGCUAUAGACGAGUACUGAGUCAAUGGGAAGGGAUACCAGGUAGUUGAGAUAAUUGACGUAAUAUUCACAUGUACGGUGCCUUCAAAGUAUUCAUACCCCUUCACCUAAUCCACAUUUUGGGUUACAGCCGGAAUUCAAAAUGGAUGUAAAAAAAAAAAUUUUUUUAGAAAUGUUUGCUAAUUUACAUAUAUAUAUUAAAUAUCUAAUUUACGUAAGUAGUCACAUCCCUGAGUCAAUACUUUGUAGAAGCACCUUUGGCAGUGAUUACAGCUGAGUCUUUCUGGGUAAGUCUCUAAGUGCUUUCCACACCUGGAUUGUGCAACAUUUGCCGUUUUAUUCUCAUCAAAAUUCUUCAAGCUCUGUCAAAUUGGUUGUUGAUCAUCGCUAGACAACCAUUUUCAGGUCUUGCCAUAGAUUUGCAACUAGAUUUAAGUCAAAAACUGUAACUAGGCCACUCAGGAACAUUCAGUGUCUUCUUGGUAAGCAACUCCAGUGUAUAUUUGGCCUUGUGUUUUAGGUUAUUGUCCUGCUGAAAGGGUGAAUUCAUCUCCCAGUGUCUGGUGGAAAGCAGACUGAACCAGGUUUUCCUCUUAAGAUUUUGGCAGUGCUUUGCUCCAUUCCGUUUAUUUUUUAUCCUGACAAACGUCCCAGUCCUUAAUGAUUACAAGCAUACCCAUAACAUGAUGCAGCCACCACUAUGCUUGAAAAUAUGGAGAGUGGUACUCAGUAAUGUGUUGGAUUUGUCCCAAACAUAACGCUUCAUAUUCAGGACAAAAAGUUAAUUGCUUUGCCACAUCUUUUGCAGUAGUACUUUAGUGCCUGGUUGCAAACAGGAUGCAUGUUUUAGAAUAUUUGUAUUCUGUACAGGCAUCCUUAUUUUCACUCUGUCAAUUAGGUUAAUAUUGUGGAGUAGCUACAAUGUGGUUGAUACAUCCUCAGCUUUCUCCUGUCACAGCCAUUCAACUCUGUAACUGUUUUUUAAAGUCACCAUUGGCCUCAUCGUAAAAUCCCUGAGCGGUUUCCUUCCUCUCCAGCAACUGAGUUAGGAAGGACGCCUGUACCUUUGUAGUGUAUUGAUACAUCAUCCAAAGUGCAUUGAAUAACUUCACCAUGCUCAAAGGGAUAUUCAAUGUCUGCUUUUUUUCUCCCCCCAUCUGCCAAUAGGUGCCCUUCUUAGCGAGGAAUUGGAAAACCUCCCUGGUCUUUGUGGUUGAAUCUGUGUUUGAAAUUGAGGGACCUUACAGAUAAUUGUAUGUGUGGGGUACAGAGAUGAGGCAGUCAUUCAAAAAUCAUGUUAAACACUAUUAUUGCACAGAGUGAGUCCAUGCAACUUUAUUAUGUGAAUUGUUUUGCAAAUGUUGACUCCUGAACUUAGUUAGUCUUGCCAUAACAAAGGGGUUGAAUACUGAUUGACUCAAGACAUUUCAGCUUUUAAUUUUUAAAUAAUUAGUUAACAUUUCUUAAAACAUAAUUCCACUUUGACAUUAUGGGGUGUUGUGUGUAGGCCAGUGACAAAAAUCUAAAUGUUAUCAAUUUUAAAUUAAGGCUGUAACACAACAAAAUGUAUGUAGUCUGUGUGUGUUGGGAGUGUCAGUGUGUGGGUAGAGUCCAGCGAGUGUGCAUAGAUCCGGUGCAAGAGUCUGCAAAACAAAAUGGGGGGCCAAUGUAAAUAGUCCAGGUAGCCAUUUGAUUAACUGUUCAGCAGUCUAAUGGCUUGGGGGGUAGAAGCUGUUCAGGAGCCUUUUGGUCCCAGACAAAGGGGACCGCUUGCUGUGCGGUAGCAGAGAGAACUGGGUUGUGGUAACCUUACCCUCUGUAGCACCGUAUGAUCAGUUGCCAUACCAGGCUGUACAACAUGUUAAGGAUCUGAGGCCACAUGCCAAAUAUUUUCAGCUCCCUGAGGGGGAAGAAGCAUUGUUGUGCGCUCUUUUCAUGACUGUGUUGGUGUGUUUGGACCAUGAUAGAUCCUUUAGUGAUGUGGACACCGAGGAACUUUGAAGCUCUCGACCUGCUCCAAAACAGCCCCGUCGAUGUGAAUGGGGGCGUUCAACCCUCUUUCCUGUAGUCCUCGAUCAGCUCAUUUGUCUUGCUGAUGUAGAGGGAGAGGGGGAGAGGGGGAGAGUCAACAGACAGACCAGUUGGAGGAGGGACGGGAGAGGGACAGUGGGUGAAAGGAGUGGGAGGGAGAGAAUGAGAGGGGGAAUAAGGAGUGAGAGAGAGGAGGGGGAGAGUGAGAGAGACCGACAUGAGGUAAAUGAUAAGUACGUCAACCCUGUGACAUCUUUUCCCAUUGACUGAAAUGUACUGAGAAAAACAUCAGCUACUAUGACAUUUGACCUUUUUUGCGAAACAUGCCAGGAUGACUGUCUACAUGAAUGAUGUGGCGCAAACCCGGGACUACGCUGGUCCAAUUGUUCUCGCCCUAUGGGACUCCCGAUCACGGCCGGUUGUGACACAGCCUGGAAUGACGGGCUGUAUGACACCUCAACAUGAGGCAUGGACGCUGCCCACCGUCGUAGUGACGCCUCAAGCACUGAGAUGCCGGCCCUUAGAGUGGCCUUAGUGACGCCUCAAGCACGCAGUGCCUAACGCUCGCCACUCGGUCUGUAGUGACGCCUCUCUAUGGCCCUUAGGACUAGAGCACUGCCACCGGUCUUAGGACCCUCAGAACUGAGACCGGCCUAGUGACCGCCCGCCGCCACACGGUCUGUAGUGACGCCUCAAGCACUGAGAUGCAGUGCCUUAGACCGCUGCGCCACUCGGCGUGUACGCUCGCACGAAUGCAGCCUUAGACCGCCGCCCCUCUCUGUAUGCAGCACAAGCACUGAGAUGUCUGUGGCGCCUCAGAUAUACCGCGCGCCACUCGGUCUGUAGUGACGCCUCAAGCACUGAAUGCAGUGCUUGACGCCAGUCGUCCUGUAGUGACGCGCUCAGCCGAAUGGUGCCUUAGACCCCGCGCCACUCGGUCUGUAGUGACGCCUCAAGCACUGAGAUGCAGUGCCUUAGACCGCUGCGCCACUCGGUCUGUAGUGACGCCUCUAGCACUGAGAUGCAGUGCCUUAGACUGCCGCGCCACUCGGGAGCCCAGAGUGGAACAUUACUCAUCAGACUUUCACAGUCUGGAUUAAACUGUGAAUGAACUCUGAAAAAGUGGAGUUGAAGCAGGUUGUGAAAUGAUUGUGGUAAUGUUGUGCCAAUGUUGUUUUGAAUGUUUUCAGGGGGAGAAGGAGUGUCUGAACUCUGAGACCACAGAGUUGAAGCAGAAGGUUCGUUACCUGCAGGAUCAGCUGCUGCCCCUCAGUAAACAGAGAGAGUGCCAGGAGAAGGAGAUCCAGCGCCUCAACAGGGUCACUACAGUCUAUGUACUGUGUGUGCUGUGUCUGCGUGUGCUCUGUCUGCGUGUGCUCUGUCUGUGUGUGUGUGUGUGCUCUGUCUGUGUGUGUGUGUGUGCUGUGUCUGUGUGUGUGUGCUCUGUCUGUCUGUGUGUGCUGUGUCUGUCUGUGUGUCUGUUUGUGUGUGCUCUGUCUGUCUGUGUGUGUGUGUGCUCUGUCUGUCUGUGUGUGUGUGUGUGUGUGUGUGUGUGUGUGUGUGCUGUGUCUGUCUGUGUGUCUGUCUGUCUGUGUGUGUGUCUGUCUGUGUGUGUCUGUCUGUGUCUGUCUGUGUGUGUGUGCUGUGUCUGUCUGUGUGCUCUGUCUGUCUGUCUGUGUGUCUGUACGUACCGUGUGUGUUGUGACUUACUGUCUCCCCCUGCCACCCUUCAGGCUCUAGAGAAGGCCCUGAACCUGCACCCUCCCCCCUCCUCCCACCAGCCACCGGGCCAGGGCGCCAGUGGUAACCAUGGUAACCACGACGACGGGGCUAGUAACUUGAGGAGGCAGGAGCUGCUCACUCAGAUAGCAGUGUUAAAGGAACAGGUCAGUCUGACACACUUCCUGAGAUAAUUGAUCCAUUUCAGUGAUUGGCUACAUUUCACCUACCUGGUGUCCAACUUAGUUCCCGAGGUAAUCAUCAUCCCUCACCAACUUAGUUCCCGAGGUAAUCAUCAUCCCUCACCAUCUUAGUUCCCGAGGUAAUCAUCAUCCCUCACCAUCUUAGUUCCCGAGGUAAUCAUCAUCCCUCACCAUCUUAGUUCCCGAGGUAAUCAUCAUCCCUCACCAACUUAGUUCCCGAGGUAAUAAUCAUCCCUCACCAACUUAGUUCCCGAGGUAAUAAUCAUCCCUCACCAACUUAGUUCCCGAGGUAAUAAUCAUCCCUCACCAACUUAGUUCCCGAGGUAAUAAUCAUCCCUCACCAACUUAGUUCCCGAGGUAAUCAUCAUCCCUCACCAUCUUAGUUCCCGAGGUAAUCAUCAUCCCUCACCAACUUAGUUCCCGAGGUAAUAAUCAUCCCUCACCAACUUAGUUCCCGAGGUAAUCAUCAUCCCUCACCAUCUUAGUUCCCGAGGUAAUCAUCAUCCCUCACCAUCUUAGUUCCCGAGGUAAUCAUCAUCCCUCAUCAUCUUAGUUCCCGAGGUAAUCAUCAUCCCUCACCAUCUUAGUUCCCGAGGUAAUCAUCAUCCCUCACCAUCUUAGUUCCCGAGGUAAUCAUCAUCCCUCACCAUCUUAGUUCCCGAGGUAAUCAUCAUCCCUCACCAUCUUAGUUCCCGAGGUAAUCAUCAUCCCUCACCAUCUUAGUUCCCGAGGUAAUCAUCAUCCCUCACCAUCUUAGUUCCCGAGGUAAUCAUCAUCCCUCACCAUCUUAGUUCCCGAGGUAAUCAUCAUCCCUCACCAUCUUAGUUCCCGAGGUAAUCAUCAUCCCUUUGCUGUAUCUACUCUCUCAGGUGAAGAUCUUUGAGGAAGACUUUAGGAAAGAGCGGAGCGACAGGGAACGAAUGAACGAGGAAAAGGAGGACUUGAGGAGACAGGUGGAGAGGCUGCAGGGUCAGAUGACCAACCUCACCAAUCAGGUUAGGAGCUGCUUUCUGCUAGGGGCUGUGUCCUAAAUAGCACAUUAUUCCAUAUGUAGUGCACUACCCUACGGGCCCUGGUCAAAAGUAGUGCACUGAAUAGGGAAUAGGGUGCCACUUGGGACACACUGUUUCACAGCACUUUGCAUUGAAUAGGGAGGUUCUCAUCUCCUCCCACCUCCGUGUGUUGGUUUUUCCUGACGGGUUCAUCCAUUUCUGUUGGGUUUGUUCCUCCGUCAGCUUCUCCAGGCCCAGAACGAGUGUCAGAGAGAGAGAACAGAGAGAUGCAAGCUGGAGAGACUACAGAUGCAGCAUCAUAAACAGGUACUGUAGUCACCAGGCCUCAGUCCCUUCUCACCUCCCACUAUAGACAGGUUUAGCUUGGCUUCAAGUGGCUGCGGUGACCCUAGUCCAUUAGCACAGGUAUUAUAGGCUAACCCCCUCAGUCCGACAGACAGACAGACAGACAGACCUACCUACCUACCUACCUACCUUGUCUUCUCAUGGCUGUGGUGGUAAACCUAUCAGACUAGUUCCCCCUAGCUGAAGUAAUGACGGCAAUGGGAUGGAUUUUCUCCUGAUUGGGUAAGUACAAAUGGCUGUGUGCUGUGCUUCGCUUCCUUCCAGUCUGUUUGAGGAGCACCAACUCGGGCUGUGCUUUACUCUCAAACUAGUGGAACAUUCCUCUGCCUGGCUGAAAACAACCCCUCCGUAUUUGCAGACGUAGAUCAACUAGAUCUGUUGCAUAAAUCCAAGUGACUGGGCGCUGUGCUUCCUCUACCUGGCUGCUUGCCCUGUCUUACUCUGCUCUGACCGGGGUUACCGAGGCGUGUGUCCCUGUGUUCCCUGGUAGGGCCAGCAGCAGGAGAGGCGUACCUCAGACCCCUCCUCGGGCACCGUGAACGGCCCUCUGAGUCCUCCCUACUGUGGUCCCUUUGUGCAGGUGGCUCCAGGAGGUGCCCAGGGGCUGGACGGCUGGCCAACACACUUCCCCCCCAGGAUACCCAACAACGCAGCCAGCGUAGCGCCACCGGGACGUAGUGACUUCCCACCCCUCACACCGGUAAGGGUCCAUAUCACAAUAGAUCUAUUAGUGCAAACUGUAGCAAAAAUUGUUUUGCAAUGGAAAGCCAAAAUAAGCGUUUCUUAUUGGACUGGUUCAGGUAGUCCAUCCCCAUUUUCGUUCCAUUUUAUUCCGUUUGUUUUCCUAGUGAAUAUGACCCAGUUACCCAAUCCCAAAUGGACCCCUAGCCACCACUCCUUGAUCAUAGCUACUGACAGAGGAGCUUUUUCCCCUUGUCACUAUACAGCUACUUGCUCUUUGGAAGCUUAGGCCGGGUUACCGUAAAGCACUUUGUGACCAUUUGUGUAAAAAGGACUAUAUGAAUAAAAUGUGAUUGACUGACGUUGUGCUCUCUGUUCUGCUCUGCUCUGCUCUGUUCUGUUCUGCUCUGUUCUGCUCUGCUCUGUUCUGCUCUGUUCUGUUCUGUUCUGCUCGGGUCAAUCAGGGAUUCCUGUGGCAGUCAUCGGUCCCCCAGCCCAAAGGGUCCAGGGUGCCCGGAGCAGGGGACGGAUCCAGACCACCUCCAGAGAACACGGGUACGCUGACACAACAGAUGGCCUCGAAAAAAAAGGGUUGCAAACUUCCGGAGAACCUGGUUGGAAGAUCACCCGGAAUCAGGAUGCAUAAGCAGCAAAUUCUGGAUCCUCCAACCAGGAUUUCUGGUUGGGAAAGUUACCAGAAUAUUCAUAUUUUUUUUCUCUCUCUCUCAUCCAUUCACAAAUGGUCUCUUUCACUUGCCCACUCUCUCUCUCUCUCUCACUUUUUCUUUUGUUCUCUGAGUGACUGAUUGUGUGAUCAAUGAGAGGUUAAACCUUUUCCUCUAUUCUGUCUAUAGAUCAGUCCACAGCAACUGGGUUUGGAAAAAGAGAGCGACAGAAUAUUGACCCUGGAAAGCACUAAGGGCCUCCACCGUUCGUUGUCUCGUUCCCUCACCAUGGGGCUAGCUGGGUGGUAGCAGCAUAAAUCAGUUAGUGAUUUGAACUAUAAUUUUCCUACUGAACUGUAGAUAUCCUGUUGUAAUGUUGUUUAUACUUGCCUUUUUAUAAGCCUACUUGUGAAACAAACACUGUUUUCGCUAUUCAGAAAUAUAUUACAUGAAUAUUAUUAUUUAGAUAUGUUUCUUUUUUUAACCUCAUUCUUUUUUUUGGAGAUUUAAUAUCUGCUUCAUAUGAUUCUAUGCAGGAACUGAAGUCAUCUGCGUAAUAGGUUGAAAUGAUCCAAAUGUAAUAUUAAGACAAUAUACCCAUGUGAUUAUCGGCUAUUGACGAUCGUUGCCACUGCAAAGAUGUAACCUUUUUACAAAGCUGUUUUGUUACUCGUAGAGUUAAGGGGUCAAUUCACCCCAUGUCAAUAACAACCAAUACUACUUGUAUUCAUUCCAACGAUAUAUAAUUAUAUAGGUAAAUUGCCUUGGAAUUGGAAUCAUAGAA